UUCUUUCUUCUCUUUUCGUUCUUUUCCUUGUUCUUGCAUUUCUCUUCCCAAAACCCUAGGUUUUCAAAAUCUAGGGUUUUGUUUUUCUUGAUGCGUUCGGGGCUCUGAGUGCAAGAACUUCUUAAAAGUUUCUACUCUGUUUGGGUCUUUGGGCUCUUGCUGUUCAGCAUUCUUUUUGUUGCUCAAGAGCUAACUUUUAGUGAUGGGUUCUUUUAGAGUGAAAAGAUUUAACCUCUAACUCUUGUUGUUGCUCUUGUUUAUCUGGGUUUCGAUUGAAGCGUCUUGGGGUUCUUAAAUUAUAUUCAUUUGAAAAGGAACCCCUGAAAAACCCUGUCUUUGAACAUCAUUCUCUUUGCUGUGGAAGAUUUAGGGUUACAAAGGGGUUUCUUUGAAGCAGAGGUCUCAAAUUCUGUUGUUGUUAGAGUAUUUUCUCUACUUAUUGAAAAACCCUGGUAAAACCCUUUUCUUAGAGCUUCCUUUUUUGUGCUUCUUCUUCGUUACGAUUUUGAAGCAGUUUAUUAUUUGGGGUUAAAAGGCUUUAAAGAAACAACUUUUAGGUGCCAAAAACAGAGUCUAUUUAUUUUCUCUGCUUAAAUUGUGAUUAAUUCCUCAAUAGUAAAUGCAUGGAUGGGAGAGAAGCUAUGGCAUUAUCAGGCGGGUCAGCUCCUUAUUAUAUUCAUAGAGCGGUUGGUGGGUCUAGUUCUGGCUCAGUAACACACACUGGUAUAGCAGCAUUUAAUUCCCAACCGGGGUUCAGGCCCUUAUCUAACCCUCAGGUUCAGGUUCAGUCAAAUGUUGGAUCAACAUUUACAGGAGAGCCUAAAAAUGUCAGCUUUCCUCAUGGCAUUAACAUGGGUGUGUCCUCUGGGAUGCCACCGGGCGAGCCGGUAAAGAAGAAGAGAGGGAGGCCCCGAAAAUAUGCUCCUGAUGGGCAGGUUCCAUUGGGACUUUUGCCUAUGCCUGCCAAGCCUAAGCCUUCAUCAGGAUCAGAUGCUUCUGGCCAAAAAAGAUGCAGAGGCCGUCCUCCUGGGACUGGGCGGAAGCAGCAAUUAGCCACUCUAGGUGAAUGGAUGAACAGUUCAGCAGGACUGGCCUUUGCACCUCAUGUUGUCACCGUUGGAAUCGGAGAAGACAUUGUUGCAAAAAUGUUGUCCUUUUCACAACAACGUCCAAGGGCUGUCUGUAUCUUAUCAGGCAGUGGUACAGUUUCCUCAGUAACCCUACGUCAGCCUGCUUCUUCUACUCCUACUGUGACAUAUGAGGGCCGUUUUGAGAUAUUAUGCUUGUCGGGCUCUUACUUGCUUGCUGAGGAUGGUGGACCCCGCAGUCGAACUGGUGGCAUAAGUGCUUCUCUUUCUACACCUGAUGGUCAGGUCAUAGGUGGUGGGGUUGCAACCUUGAUUGCAUCAAGCCUGGUUCAGCUGGUGGUAUGCAGUUUUGUCUAUGGGGGAUCUAAAACCAAGAACAAACAACUCGCCAGCCCAAAAGGCAGUAAGGAUUCCAUGCCCCAGCUCAGCAAUAAAUCAGCUACACAAACUGGUGCACCUUCAACUCAAAAUUUCAGUCACCCUUCUAUGAGUGUUUGGCCUGGUUCACGGCAUGUUGAUCCGAGAAACCCUCACACAGAUAUUGACUUGACGCGAGGAUGAUCAGGGUAUUUUUGUACAUAUGUGUUGUUGUACAUGUACUGAAUCUUUGAGAAGUAUGAAAAUUUAAAAUCCUCCCAAUUCGCCCAACAGGGGCAAUGGGUAUGUGCUAACUUAGAUUGUAACAAAGUCACUGAGUUUCCCUAGUAUCACUAGUAAACUGGUUGAAAAAUUCUGUAGUUUGAGCUGAAGGAACGUUAAUAUGUAGCUGGAAGAGAUGCCCAUUUUAAGGUUAACUAGUAUUUCAUGCAAACGAUGAUUGCCAUAUUUUUGGCCAUUGGAUUGUGUUGUAAUUGAUUUGCUACAAAUUUAAGCUAAAGUCUCUGGCAUUGUGGUUCA